AUAAUUUUUUCAUGAGUUAAAAAGGAUCUAAUUAUAUAGAAUUAAUAACAAAGAGCUUGUAUUUAUAUUAAGAGAAUAUAAAAUUUAUAUUAACUUUAUAUUAAGAGAAAAGAAUUGUUAUUGCACAAUUAACACCAAAGUAUAUAAGUAGGUCAUAGUUCGUCGUAAAUUUAAGAUUGAAACGUCCCUGAUGGGAGUGGCGGACACACCCUGGUUAUUAGAUUGCACGAUUUCGUAUCGAACAUCGGGGAUGUGAAAACUCAGUCCUCGUUGCUCUCUCGUAAAUGUAACAGUCUUUCUUAAUUCAGUUUAAAAAGUUCUUUAAUUAUUUUAAUGCAAAUUAAUUUUUUUUAGUCUAUUUUUCACAGAAAAAAUAAAAAUCUUUUACAUAAAAAAUAAUAUAUUAAAAUCCAUGUUCAAUACAUAAAAGGAGAAAUUAAUAAGAAAGCGAUGGGAAAUAAAGUGGCAACAUUUACUGAAGAACAACUCGAAGAUUAUCAGGAUUGCACCUUCUUUACGCGCAAAGAAAUCUUAAGAAUAUUUAAGAGAUUUCGAGAAAUUGGAGAUCCUGGAAUGAUACCACGUACCAUAACACCACAAGAGGCAUCAUCUCUUCGUUUGCCUCUGUCAUAUUUAGCUCGUAUUCCUGAACUGAAGGAAAAUCCAUUUAGAGAACGGAUCUCGGAAGUUUUUACGCAACGCCAGGAUUCAGGACAAUCAACGUCCCUCUCUGAAGGAAUCUGUUUCGAGGAAUUUCUCGAGAUGUUGUCCGUGUUCUCCGAACAAGCACCACGGGAUUUGAAAGUGUUUUACGCCUUCAAAAUUUACGAUUUCGACGAGGAUGGGGUGUUGGGUCUGGGUGAUUUGGAGCGCACCUGUCGGCAGCUAACUCGAGAUGGGCUAAGUGCUGAAGAGAUCGCUACCGUGUGUCGAAAAGUUCUGGAGGAGAGCGAUAUAGACGGCGACGGGGCUCUGUCUUAUCUCGAGUUUGAGCACGUUGUAAGCAGAUCCUCCGAUUUCAUGGCGACUUUCCACAUAAGAAUAUAAAUUGUGCACAAUCGAUCAUAUCGAGGUUACAAUAAAGUAUAUUUAAUUUAGUAUUAUAUCUUAAA